CACCGCUCAAAAGAUUGCAUUCCGUAUCUAAACUUGGCUCAAGCCGUUUUUGGCUCAGCAUUUGGCAUUUGGGCCACGAUUUGUUUUGCGAUUCGGAGGCAGCCCAGCGGCGACCAGUUGGAGCGAAGCACCCUGCGCAACACUGCAGCAUGGCCACUCCAGGCACCGCAGGGAUGCCGAGUUUUGCGGGCAACGGUCUCCCUCUUGUCAGCGAGCAGCGACCGAGGCCAGCGUUGGCAUGGGCGGAGGCAUCCGGCGUGGCGCCCGCACCGAGGCAGCCCUCGACUCUCGGGCUGACCCGCGGGCGCCCCUUCGGAGUGGGCCGCGGCGGGGCCGUGUCGGGCCCUGGCCCUGGCGGCCUCGGCCCCGAGCAGAUCCGCAGACCCCGUGCGCUCCAGCCUCCUCCGAGUUCGGCACCUGCGACUCUCGAAGACCUUCCCUAUAUGAGGAGGCUGGACAUGUGGAUCCCCGAGCCUCGCAUGGGCAGCCCCACGUCACGCCGGCUCGUGGCUGGUGCCUUCGCGGCGCCCGAGUUGUUGCCGGGAGUGGAGCUGGCCAGCGGCGGGGCAGUUGGCAACCUGUCGAGCGACACCGAGUCCACCUCCGUCCUCUCCGAGGAGUCCUCGAUGCUGUCCAAGGACUGCCUUGGGCUCCACGGGACCAGUGAGAUGGCCGGUGAGGCUGAGCGGCCCACCUGCACCUUGCUUGGGCACAAACCUCUCAGCGGCGAUCGGUGCCGACGAGAUGAGGACCGCAAGGGUGAUCUGCCGAGUCUUGGCCAGAGCAUCUCCCGCAGGCCGUCCGUCUUCGACGUGCGUGAGAGGAUCCCGUGCUCUCCGGGCCCCAGCCGGUUCGGCCGCGAGCCAGCCAGGCCCACGCGCCCCGGAGAGGGAGCGCCCGGCCAGGCUUGCCCCGCCACGCCAUGAGGUCGAUGUCGGCGAGGGGGGGAAGGCGCCUUGCCUCCAGCAGCUGGGGCUUUUUUUGUCCGGCGCAGACGGGGCCAGACGAAGACACGACACGGCGACGAGCGACACGGCGAGUUGCCAAGGGGCGAGUGGCCUUAAACGUGGGUUUGGGAAGCCG